UGGGGAGGGUUGAGUUGUGCUGUGGGGUGGAACCCGGGCGCCACGGGCGGUGGGAAACCUGCACUUAACCUUCUGGCCGCCAUGGCCAGCGUCCACGAGAGCCUCUACUUCAACCCCAUGAUGACCAAUGGGGUGGUGCACGCUAAUGUGUUCGGCAUCAAGGACUGGGUGACCCCGUAUAAGAUCGCGGUGCUGGUGCUGCUGAACGAGAUGGGCCGCACGGGCGAGGGCGCCGUCAGCCUCUUGGAGCGGCGGAGGCUCAACCAACUCCUCCUUCCCCUGCUGCAGGGCCCAGAUAUUACACUGUCAAAACUGUACAAGUUAAUUGAAGACUCUUGUCCUCAGCUGGCAAAUUCAGUACAGAUCAGAAUCAAACUUAUGGCAGAAGGCGAAUUGAAGGAUAUGGAACAAUUUUUUGAUGACCUUUCAGAUUCUUUUUCUGGAACCGAACCAGAGGUUCACAAAACAAGUGUAGUAGGCUUAUUUCUGCGCCACAUGAUCUUGGCCUACAGUAAGCUUUCUUUCAGUCAAGUGUUCAAACUGUACACUGCCCUUCAGCAGUACUUCCAAAAUGGGGAGAAAAAGACAGUGGAAGAUACUGAUAUGGAACUUACCAGUAGAGAGGAGGGGGAAAGAAAAAUGGAAAAAGAAGAACUUGAUGUAUCUGUCAGAGAAGAAGAGGUGUCUUGCAGUGGGCCUCUGUCUCAAAAACAAGCAGAAUUUUUUCUUUCUCAGCAGGCUUCCUUGUUAAAGAAUGAUGAGACUAAAGCUCUCACUCCAGCUUCUCUUCAGAAAGAAUUGAACAACUUACUGAAAUUUAAUCCCGAUUUUGCUGAAGCGCAUUAUCUCAGCUACUUAAACAACCUCCGGGUCCAAGAUGUUUUCAGCUCGACGCAUAGCCUUCUUCAUUAUUUUGACCGCCUGAUUCUGACUGGAGCUGAAAGCAAGAGCAAUGGGGAGGAGGGCUCUGGCCGCAGCUUGCGAUAUGCCGCUCUGAACCUGGCUGCCCUGCACUGCCGCUUCGGUCACUGUCAACAGGCAGAGCUCGCCCUGCAGGAGGCAAUUAGGAUCGCCCAGGAGUCCAACGACCACGUGUGUCUCCAGCACUGCUUGAGCUGGCUUUAUGUGCUGGGGCAGAAGAGGGCUGAUAGCUAUGUUCUGCUGGAGCAUUCUGUGAAGAAAGCAGUACAUUUUGGGUUACCGUACCUGGCCUCCCUGGGAAUACAGUCCCUAGUUCAGCAGAGAGCUUUUGCUGGGAAGACAGCACACAAACUGAUGGAUGCCCUGAAGGACUCCGACCUCCUGCACUGGAAGCACAGCCUGUCAGAGCUCAUCGACAUCAGCAUCGCCCAGAAGACGGCCAUCUGGAGGCUGUACGGCCGCAGCACCAUGGCCCUUCAGCAAGCCCAGAUGCUGCUGAGUAUGAACAGCCUGGAGUCGGUGAACGCGGGCGUGCAGCAGAACAACACAGAGUCGUUUGCUGUCGCACUCUGCCACCUCGCAGAGCUCCACGCAGAGCAGGGCUGUUUUGCUGCAGCUUCUGAAGUGUUAAAGCACUUGAAGGAACGAUUCCCACCCAGCAGUCAGCAUGCCCAGUUAUGGAUGCUAUGUGAUCAGAAAAUACAGUUUGACAGAGCAAUGAAUGAUGGCAAAUAUCAUUUGGCUGAUUCACUUGUUGCAGGAAUCACAGCUCUUAAUAGCAUAGAGGGUGUAUAUAGAAAAGCAAUUGUACUACAAGCUCAGAACCAGAUGUCAGAGGCACACAAGCUUUUACAAAAGCUGUUGAUUCGUUGUCAGAAAAUUAAAAAUACAGAAAUGGUGAUUAGUGUCCUGCUGGCAGUGGCAGAGCUGUACUGGCGCUCCUCCUCCCCAACCAUCGCGCUGCCCGUCCUCCUGCAGGCUCUAGCCCUCUCGAAGGAGUACCGCUUACAGUAUUUGGCCUCCGAAACAGUGCUUAACUUGGCUUUUGCCCAGCUCAUCCUUGGAAUCCCUGAACAGGCCCUGAGUCUCCUCCACAUGGCCAUUGAGCCCAUCUUGGCUGACGGCGCCGUCCUGGACAAAGGUUGUGCCAUGUUCUUGGUGGCCAAGUGCCAGGUGGCUUCAGCAGCUUCCUACGAUCCACCAAAGAAAGUAGAAGCUCUGGAGGCCGCCAUUGAGAACCUCAACGAAGCCAGGAGCUAUUUUGCAAAGGUCGACUGCAAAGAGCAAAUCAGAGACGUCGUCUACUUCCAGGCCAGGCUCUACCACAGCCUGGGGAGGACCCAGGAGAGGAACCGGUGUGCGAUGCUCUUCCGGCAGCUGCACCAAGAGCUGCCCUCUCCCGGGUGCCCCUGAUCAGUCAUCUCUAGUGAGGGCACCGCCGUCUGGGGACUGCCGGGCAGCAUGUACGAUUUUGGACUUGGGCACCCUCCCUUUCUCCCCAUAAAUGAUGUAUUUGUAACACCCUGUCUUUCCUGUCAAUAGACUGCGUUCCAGUUAGUUAGUUUAUUUUUUUGGUAGCAAAGGGCACCAUUUGUUUUUGUUAAUAAACAGCUCUUUUGCUAACAAGUUA